GCUAGACCAUGUGUUGUGUGGGGUAAGCUAGUGCUGUGAGUUAGGGCAAACCCUCCCGCCCACAAAGCGUUUGGUUACUGCGCUUUCCGUUUUUAGCGGGGUUUGGCAAUUGGCCCCACGAACACAUUGAGAAUUCCACAACCCAGGCCGACUCAGAUCAACGAAAUUACGACAGCCCCGACGCCCGCGCCCUCCCCGACAAACACCGACAACCGCGCCGCCUCGACACGAUGAAGUACAUUCACAGCAGCGAGACUCUGACAGUCCCCGAGGGCGUCUCCGUUUCUAUCAAGUCUCGGAUCGUCACCGUCAUCGGACCCCGCGGCAAGCUCGUGAAGGACCUCAAGCACCUUGCUGUUUCGUUCGUUCCUAAGGGCCCCAACACCAUCAGCAUCGAGCUCCACCACGGUGUCCGAAAGAAUGUUGCCGCCCUUCGCACUGUCAAGUCGCUCAUCCAGAACUUGAUCACCGGUGUCACCAAGGGAUACAAGUACAAGAUGCGUUACGUGUACGCCCAUUUCCCCAUCAAUGUCAACAUUGAGGAGAACCAGGCGACUGGAACCUCCCAGGUCGAGAUCCGCAACUUCUUGGGUGAGAAGAUCGUCCGUCGCAUCACCAUGUUGCCCGGUGUGACUAUCGAGACCUCCGCCAACGUCAAGGAUGAGAUUGUCCUGUUCGGCAACUCCCUCGAGAACGUGUCCCAGUCGGCCGCAGAUAUCCAGCAGAUCUGCAGAGUGAGGAACAAGGAUAUCCGAAAGUUCUUGGACGGUCUGUACGUGUCGGAGCGUGGCAACAUCGAGGAGGCUUAAACAAAAGUGGAUUCUUCUCUUUCGUUUGGGAGUUCGCGAUUUUUUUUUCUCGGUGACAUUUCGCAAUGAUAAUUAAAGAAACUCUGCGAAAUGAGACUGUCAUCGACACCAUGAUGGGCAUCAUAAGCUGAAGCGUGACUGCCGAGGAAACUGUAUUUGAGCUGCCAUCCGGAUGUACAUAUCUCCACCCGUCAAUCUUGCGGCUUUCAUUAAAGCCGCUCCCGCGCGUAUCUCAAG